AUGUCGGAAAGUGAUGUCGAUUUUGAUACAUCCAACGUGGAAAUUGAAGAACUCGAAGUUGAUGAGGUCGAUGAAUCGGCACUUUCCGAGUUUGUGGAACUGCAACAGCAGCCCGUAAUGAUGCAUCCGGCAUCACAUACCACUCAAUCGACCUCAUCGACCGGUGCCAAUUCUUCCGCCCAAUCGGAAUCGGAAACGGAUGACGAAAAUGUACAACAGCGGGAAGUUUUAAUCAAGAAGCUGGUAGCCCGGGAAAUCAGUUUCUCAGAGUACCAGGCACGGAUGCAGCAGGAAGAUGAUAUGGACGACGAAGAUGCUGAAAUCGAACAGAGCCGAAAGAAGAAAUCCUCCUUUUUCCAAGAUCUUAACCACUCACGCCGUGAUAUUCUGAAAGGUAACUUUCAAGGUUCCACCAAACCAGAAGGCAAAUCGGUAAUGCGACGUCAAAAACGUAGCCUUCCAACGGCACUACAAGGUUUAAUGGGGCAAGCAAACCUGUGCUACGCUAGGAGUGACAUAAAAACUGCGGAAGAUCUCUGUAUGGAAAUCAUCCGGCAGGUCCCUUUGGCCCAUGAACCUUUCAUAACGCUGGCCCAGAUACACGAGAUGGAUGAUCCGGAAAAGUAUCUGCAGUAUUCGCUAAUCGCAGCACAUCUGAAUCCUUCCGAUUCGGAACAAUGGUUACAUGUGGCUGAAAUAUUUAUCACUCGCGGAAACGUAGAAGAGGCAUUAAAAUGCUACACUCGAGGCAUUAGAGCAAAUCCGAAAAAUGUAGACAUACGCCUCAAACGUGCCCAGCUGAUGGAGACUAGAGACGAAAAGCAGGCACUAAAGUACUACUAUAACAUGCUCCCGUUCAUCCCUAAAGAACAAGCCGAUUUUCUCAUCAGUACUGCAAAACGAGUGGCCAAAAAGUUUCACGAAGAAACCAAUGUCGGUGCAGCGUUGGACGCAAUGCAGCGAGCGUAUAGUACGGCGCCGGAGAAAUUUAGCAUGGAGGACAUUAAUCUGCUGAUUGAAUUGCUAAUUGCCAACGGACACUAUCGCCAAGCGCUGGACAUUCUUGCAAUGCACGCAAGCGUGGAACUGUACAACUACGAACUCGGGGUUGGAGAGGAAUCUCAGAUGAGUCCAAACUUCUCCAUCGUUAUUCCAGACGACAUAGUUCUUGAUCUGCGUACGAAGCUAGCAGUAGUUCUGGUGCAUUUGAAGUGUGAACAGUGUUUUGAUAAAGUUAUAGAUGAUAUUCUCGCACACAUUGACCCAGAGAAUGAUGGCGAUUGUUUUCUAGAUGUUGCUGAGGCGCUGAUGAAGGAGGAAUACUACCGUCAUGCGCUGCGGCUGCUGGUACCGUUGAUCAAAAGCAAAAAGUUCUCGCUAGCUGCGGUUUGGUUGCGCUAUGCUGAUUGUUCUCGAUGGAUUGAUAAUUAUGACGAGGCUAUUAUAGGCUAUAGAAAGGUAGUUUCGCUGGCAGAUUAUCUCGACGCAAGAUUAGCACUUGCAGCACUGCUUAAAAAAAAGGGCCAAUACGACGAAGCAUUGAAAGCAUUAGAACAAAAUCCCGAAGUUGAUUAUCUAGACCCGGAGGUGCUUCACGAGCGGUGCCUGUUGCUGCAUGAAGUUGGUCGCUACCAGGAGUUUCUCGAGGCAGGUUUCAUGUUGGUCGCCCGACAUUGCUACCAGAUUAAAAAACGCCAGGAUAUAGCGGUUUUAUCGCACGUAAAGUACCAUGAGAACAAAAGUCGGAUUCUCGGUGAAGGCGUACCGGAUUUCGUAACAGGGAACGAUUUAUCGCUUGAAACUGAAUGGGAUCUCGCCCUCCGCUUGCUGACCGUGGCUGAUGAACAACGCGAUUAUACGUACUACAUGAAGCUGGUGUUUACGUUGCAGACUUCUAAACGGUUUCACUGCUAUCGCUCGGAACUGCAACAGCUUGCCCUAACGGCAUGUAUUUACAACCGGGAUCCAACCUUUGGAUUAAACAUUAUGCGAGAUCAAAUUCGACCAUUGUUCAACCUGAAGGGCGAUGCAUUUGAAACGAAGAUCAACCAUCCGCAGCUUUGGAAUUUGUUUAAUUUGGUCGUGUUCAUAAGCGGCGACGUGCGAUACCAACGCUAUCUGUCACGAAUUUUUUUCCGUUCGCCAAUAAUCGGAAUGUAUCCGAAGGUGUUGAUUGCCAACUAUCAUCUCAACUGCUCUACAUAUAAGUACGCCCUGAAUGAAUACAAUAAAAUAUAUCUCGCCACCAAUGAUCCGCUGCAAGCGAUGAUGAUCGCUGUCACACUGACACAAAUCGCCUGCCAAAAGUUCACCAAACACAAGCAACAGCUAAUCGCACAAGCGAACGUGUUUAUGGAAAAGUAUCUCGCUGACCGACCGGAAGAAUUGCGUCAUGAAGCUUUCUAUAACUUGGGUCGAAUGUAUCAUCAGUUAGGGCUGCUUCAUCUAGCAGUCGAUUACUACAAACGAGUGUUAAGCUUCGACAGUCCGAUCGUUAGGAAUAAUCCGCAGUAUUUGGAUUUGAAAGCUGAGACUGCUUUCAAUUUAAGUUUUAUCUACAAACAUAGUGGAAAUCAUGAACUAGCCCGUAAAUAUCUUCAUGAGUAUAUUCAAGUAUAG